AUGCCGAAGCUAUCCCAGAUCGUCGCUGACAUGAAGCAGGCCAUCGAUGCCAAGGACGAGGCCCAGAUCGCGUUCAUAGCGUCGGAAUACUCUGCAGAUGCGCGUCAGAGGAUUGCGCAGGGGUACAGGGACCAAUACGGCAAGGAGCUCCCCGACGACAUCAAGAAGGCGCUCAAGGGCGGCUCCGAGGAGAGCCUCCUGAUGGAUCUCUUCAGCGAUCGUCACGAGGUCCGCGCCCAGCACAUCCGCGACGCGCUUUCCGGCAAGAACGACCACAUGGCCUUCUUCGACACAGUCAUUCUGUGCACCCCCGAAGACUGGCACGAGACCGUCGCCGCCUACACGAGGAUGUUCAAGAAGCCCCUCGUCGAGGACUUCAUGAAGGAUGUCGGCCGCAAGGAGAAUUGGUGUCUUUUCAUGGAGAAGUGGAUGGCUCACGAGCGCACUAGCCGUGAAGGCAGCCCUGACGAGGAAGCAGAGAAACUGAACAAGGCGUUCAGUGAGAGCGACCACGACUACAUUUCCAGCUUCAUGGCUGGGGUGCCUCCCGAAGAAUACAAGUCCAUCAACACCAGCUUCAAGAGCCUUACAGGAAAGGGCAUCGACCAGGCCUUCGCCACCAUCUAUACGGGGACUGACUACUACUCCCUGUACUGCGCCCACUUUGCUCUUCUUGGCAUGCACAAGCUUGCCGCCUACCUGGUCAACUGCGCCUGCAACGAUAAGGGCGACGAGAAGCGCAUGAGGAGGAUCACGGGCAUGAUGGUCGACAAGUGCUUGGCUGCAAAGUAUGCCUACAAGACCUACGGGAGUAUGAAAGCCGACGUCGAAAGGUGCUUUGAUAAGCGCAUGGCUCCGAUCCUCUGUACCCUCUGGCGCCUAAGGGAGUGA